UCCCUACAUUUCUUGUUUCCAACGAGGAGCCUCACAGUGAAACAGCGCUGGAGGAGCCUCCCUUCAGCUUUAACAAGAGAAAACCACCGUGUGAUUUGAACACAUCGGCGAGAAAACCAAGCAGUUCUGAGAAACCAUGCAGUGAGCGACUUCCAGUCUUCGACCGCCGAGCAAAUAUGGGAGAUAUUAUAUUAGCUACAAUUAGCGCUUCGUUGCAGAGCUAAUUAACAACCCUUAGACUUCCACAGCUGAUCAUGGCAAAGCAGUAUGAUGUUUUAUUCAGACUGCUCCUGCUCGGUGAUUCUGGGGUUGGGAAAACGUGUUUGCUGUGCAGAUUCACAGACAAUGAAUUCCACUCUUCACACAUUUCUACAAUAGGGGUUGACUUUAAAAUGAAGACGGUAGAAGUAGAUGGAAUCAAAGUAAGAAUACAGAUAUGGGACACUGCAGGACAGGAACGUUACCAGACCAUCACCAAACAGUAUUAUAGACGAGCCCAGGGAAUCUUUCUAGUCUAUGACAUCACAAGUGAACGGUCCUUUCAACACAUCAUGAAGUGGGCUAGUGAUGUAGACGAGUACGCCCCUGAAAAGGUUCAAAAGAUCCUGAUCGCGAACAAAGCAGAUGAGGAACAGAAAAGGCAGGUGGCCACUGAGCAGGGCAUCAAGCUGGCAAAGGAAUAUGGAAUGGACUUCUUUGAGACAAGUGCCUGUACCAAUUACAAUAUUAAGGAGUCAUUCACUCGACUGACAGAACUAGUUCUACAGGCGCACAAGAAGGAGCUGGAUGUGUUACGAGUGUCCAUCAAUGAUGAACUGAGCAUAGCAGACUUGGAGGGCGAGGAGGGCAAAGGGGAUGGAAGUGGCAACUCUCAGAAAGCCUGCUGGUGUUAGGAAACAGACUGGGAGCACUGGGGUACCUCUGCCACUGCAGCUGCUUUCCAGCUCAAUCUCACACAUGCUAAAAUCAAACAUCUGAUUAGCAAUGGUUUCUGUGGUUUUUGUUGUUUUUUUUUGUCCAGAGAAUUAGGUGCUUUUUUUUUUUUCUUUAAUUGUUUGCUCAUGCGCUGUCUGUUUUCUUAUAGUUAUUUUGGUGUCAUUUAGUUUCAAACCAGUGAACUACACAAUAGCCCAGAUACGACUACUACUGCCAUUUUAACCAGUGUUUGUGUUGAAAUGUAUAUACCCAUUGUUCAUAAAACAGAAAAACAGCAAUCCCUCGGUAGAGCGCUCUCAGCUAUAACACACUUACUUUCCAUGUAAGUGUGUUCUACGUUAUUAUCAGUGUUUUGGGAAAUGGAGACUAUGAUUGAAAAUACAUUCUUGAGUCUUGAGUAUUUUCCCAAAUAUUGCAGUGCUUUUCAUAACUGGUUGUCCAAAUUAUAUAUAUAUAUAUAUAUAUAAUGUAUGUGUGUGAGAAACUUUUUAUAUAUAAACCAUGUUAGUUGUGCUUAUGGCGCUACAACUUCAAUAUAAGCGGUUAUCUUGAAGUUUGCGUCUGUCAUACUGUAGCUCAACAUGCUCUCUGCAGCAAAAUUAACCUCAGUCGGGCCUUGCAUUGGGAUCGACGCAAUGCAGUACGAUUGGCUGCUUAGCCGGAUCUCAUUUUACUUUACAUUAGAGAAGGAAGCAGAAGGACCAGUACAUCUUCUACACUCCUACCAAGAUCAUGACCAAAAUCAAUAGUUGUAUGUCUUUCAAUGUGCUCAGCAACUCCUUUUCUGCAGCAUUUAGUGUCAAGGGUCCCUAAUCUUACACAUGUAUGUACUGCAGUGUUGGUUUGAUAUUCAUUCUGAAGUGGAAGUCCUCUAGUAGGACCACCAAAUGGUCUCAAAUGGCCUUAAUAGAGAGGUGGUCCUUGAGGGGAGCUCUUCAGAGUGGCCUAUAAUGCCCGAAGCCGCAGGCUGGAUGUAACAAUAGUCUUCCUGAGGGGCAUUUCAUUUUCCACUAUGAGCUGACUCUGCAGUACAUAUAUAAUAUAUGAGUCAGUCAAAAUAAUAAGUGACUAAAUAUGAAUUUUUGGCAUGAAUAUCUUAGUGCUGUACUGUGGCAAAGAUGACGUGUGUAGUGACGUCAGGCCAGGAAGAAACGCAGCACUGCAAGGUGAUAUGGUGAAUGAAAGUUCUGUUUGCGCGGUUUAAUAAAUGAACAAAAGAAAAAGGUUAAAUAAAAGUAAAACACUGUACACAAAACAAAACGGCACUUUGGCCGAAACAGACCGACACCAACAAACGGGAUGAACACUAAACACACCACAAGUACCAUGCUGAUGUGGGUCAGCACGGAUAGCAAUUGUUAUUGAUUGAAUUAUUUCCUCCUCUGUCUCUCCUGUACCUACUCACUGCACACCCAACCCUGAGUGAUUGAAACAUGCACUCGCCAAAUAUUUGUGAUUCGCCAAAUAUUUUGGUCACAAAUAUUUAUGGCUUUACAGUAUUUUGUUUAAAUAUAGCUGAUACAGCAUAAGUAAAUAACUAAAUAACAUAAAUAAAUAACAGAAAAUGUUUUUGAAGUUCAUCCCGCAUAGUUAUUUUCUUUCAUAUGUAGUAUGUUUUGCAAUUCCUUUUCUGUUAAGUCACAGAAUCGCUGCUCAGCCAUUUUCUCUUGUUGUUAGGAGUGGAGGUGGAGGGUGUUCCUUUGUAAGGGGCGGGACUGAAUGAUGUGAACCAAUCAGAUGACAAAGGUGGUGUAAGGAUGUUAGGGCAAUAGUUUGAUCUAUUUUUGCGCCUAUGAGAAGGUUUUAACCAAUCACAAGCCAGAAUUUCCAAGCAUUGACUCCUAUACAUACAGUAUAGACAAUGAGUAUGUAGAACUGCCAGAGGUGAUUGGCUACUUUAUCACAUGAUUUGAAUGGAGCAACAGACCCCAGAACCACUCAGCAUGAUUUCAAACACAUUAACACAGUAAGGGAAAAGUAGAGCAAUUCAAAUGACAUUAAAAGCUAAUUACUCUUUAAUACUAAAAUAUAAUGUUGGAGACGGUUUGCUACAUUAUUCCAUUGAGUUUGUUGAGAUCCAUUAGACUGGCAUACCCCAAUUACGAGUGGACACUGCACUCAUGGUUUAUACUUUCUGUCCGUCUCUUACAGGUCUGUUUGCAAGUAUGACAAAAAGAAACAGAUUGCAUCGUCACAUCCCCUAAAAUACCCUUAGUCACGCCCCCUCCGAUAGCUAGUUCAAUCACGUCUCCUCCAAUCCAUGACUGACACAUCGCUUACAGUACUAGGGCAAUGACUUCUGGUAUUGUGACUCCGCCCCCUUCCUGGAUGGCUGGCUUCCGACUGACCCUGGAAUGAAGUGCUGAACCAUCCAGUAAGAGGCACGCUGUUCUACAGCACCCUCACAGGUCGGGAGGGAGAUUGUUGACUAGGAUUCAUUCGCUCUCUGUCACAACUUUGAAUAAUGUAUAACAUUUCCAGCAGUCUGCAUUUUUUUAUUCAAGUGUUAUUUGUGAUUUUUGAUAAACAUCAGGUUUCAGUUUUGUGAAUUGAAAAUUAAUUGUACACAUUGUUUCUUUUGAUGUUAAUAAAUAAAAAAUCCAAAAGGCAGGCCAAUAUCUGGACAGGGUCAGGUUCCUUUAUCAAUCCAGCACCUUAACCAGUUUGGGUUUGUCUGCUCUUAUUUCUGACACUUCUUUCUGUGUUAUACCAGCA